AUAAGCAGUUUCUGAGGGCUGAAGGACCUGCUAAAGGGAACACCUGCUUUUGAGGUUGCAAAGGUGCUAAAGCAUGGCUGACUUGGAUCACAACCUCAGUCUUGCAGAUGCUCUCACAGAGCCACCUCCCGAGAUUGAGGAAGAAGUGAAAAGGGACUUCAUUGCCACUCUGGAAGCAGAGAAAUUUGAUGAUGUGGUUGGAGAAACAGUAGAUAAAACAGACUAUGUUAAUCUGAUGGAUGAUGAUGAUGCAAAAGUUGGGAGCCAGGAACCAAAAAGCAAAUCCCAUGCAGACGGCAUUCAGGUGGAACAUACUUCAGCUUCUGGGCCAAUGGUUGUAGAAAACGGUGACCAUGGAAUAGAAGAUCACCAUACAGCCUUCCCAGGAGAAAUCAUGGAUGAAAAGCUGUCUUACCAAGAAUUUCUCGAUCGCAAUGACUCCUGGACGAUGGAUGACAGAGAUCUGUGCUUUGAACCACAGCCUGUAUUCAAACCCAUGGAGAUGGCUGACCCCUUCAGCAUGCACAGAGGGGAAAAUCUGCCUGAUUUAUCAUUUUCUACUGACAUGAAGAAUGUACCGCUGUUCACCGACCAUGUUGAUGCUUCCAGAGACAUACAUGCACCACAUGGAUCUAUGAUGAUACCUGAACAACCUUUCCUAGGGCCACUGUAUUCUCCUGCGGAGGCUCUAGACCCAUCAGCCUUCAUUGGCCUGGAUUCAACUGCAGAAUUUCUGCAAGACAAAGCAGUGCCUGAAGAACAUUGGAUGGGAGCUCAGCAUGAUGUGCAGGGACCAGAUACCUCUUUCUUUGUUGAGCCACCAGUGCCCCCCACAGUGACUGAAGCAAUGAGGCUGAAUUGGCCAGAAGGCCCUGCAGCAGCAGCUCCUGAUUUCACUCCUACUGCAGUGACAGCAUCCCCAGGAGAGGCUGAAGCUACUGAUGGACCGAAAGGUGUGGCAUCAGCAGAUGCAGCCUGUGUUCCUGCCUCGGGUGUCGUGUCCGUUUCUGCAGAAAAAGCUGGGUCUGUACUUGCAGGAGAUGUGAAGCCUCCUCAAGCUCUGGCUGCCGGAUUUGCACCUACAGCAGAAGCCAGCCCUCUUCAGGCUGUGGAUGUUGGGUUUGCUCCUGCACCAGAAGCCAAGCCCCCAAAUGCUGCCAACGAUGCAUCCACCCCAGUGGUAGAUACUGGCAUUGCCCCAGCAGCAAACGCUACAUCCCAUUAUGCGACAGGUUGGGAGUUUGCUGCAGCAGAAGAUGCAGGGUUUGGCCCAGCAGCAGAUGUGGAACCUCACCAUGCUGUGAGCUUGGCGUUUGCCCCGGCAGCAGAUUCUGAAUCUCACCAUGCUGUGGGUUUGGCAUUUGCUCCAGCAGCAGAUAUUGAAUCUCACCAUGCUGUGGGUUUGGCGUUUGCCCCGGCAGCAGAUACUAAAUCUCAUCAUGCUGUGGAUUCUGAGUUUGCCCCAGCAGCAGAUGCAGAGUUUACCCCUGCAGCAGAAGUCAACCAUCACCAUGCUGUGGAUUCUGGGUUUACCCCUGCAGCAGAAGUCAACCAUCACCAUGCUGUGGAUUCUGGGUUUGCCCCUGCAGCAGAAGUCAAUCAUCACCAUGCUGUGGAUUCUGGGUUUGCCCCUGCAGAAGCCAAGUCUGUCUCUGCAGCUGACACCAAGGUUGCUGCAGCUGAAGAGCUGAUGACAUCUGAGUCUUCUCUUGAGCAAGAGAAGCCACCCUUGGACAAGCCUCCUGCAGAAGCAACUGCAAAUGUGGAACAAGAAUCAAAAGUCCCAGAAGCUUGUGUUGAUCUUUUAGAGAAAGCUAAAGACAGCAGGCUGCCUCCCAGCCACCAUGAGGAGCAUCUUCCAGAGCAGACAAGCCACCUUUCAGAACCAGCAGUUCCAGUAGAAGCAAAAGAAGCUGUUGUACUAGAAAAUAAAGACCUCCUUCCGGAAAAAUCUGUUACUCCUGUGGAUGUUACUGUUACAGUGAAACAAAAGGAAGAGCCUGAGCACAACCAUGUCCAACAUGCAGAACCUCACCAAGAAAAAGCCCUUCAAGAGCCCACAGGUCUACCUACUGCACAAAUAAGGCAAGCUAACAAAUCAAGUGAACGCAGGUUUGGCAGAGCAAAACCUGCACCAGUGCCUCUUAGAGAUGUACCAGAGGAACGUCUGAUAGGUCUCCCACACCAGAAGAGUACUGACCUAAAAGUAGACCCCUAUUCUCUAGGGGAGCUUGGAUGUGUGGCUGGAACACCCCCUCGCACUAGGGUUUCACACAAAAAGGCGACUGAGCAGCCAUCCAGUGUGCAGUCCGAGUUUGUGGAGAGCUGCAGAGAUGUACCGAGGGAGAGCUGGGAUUUGGAAGGUUCUCUGGCCAUUGUGAAGAAAAAGAAAAAGAAACCAAAACAAAAGAGAAACCAGCUGCCAAGAACAAUGGAGUUCUGGGAUGAAAAUGUGGCAGUCUCAAAAGCUCCUAGAAAUUCUCCAUUUGCUGUUGAAUUGCAAAAACCAGAUGUCUGUCCCAUAAUGCCUGCUGAAGCUUGCAAAGAGCAGUCAAUUGCCUCAGGAAGCAGAGCUUCAGAUAUGCCAAAGGAUGCUAAAAUAAUAACUAGAAGUCAUAUCCUGGAUGAGCAAAAUGCCUUCUCGGUGCCAGCACCAGGACAGCAGGCCCAAAAACCCAGCAUGCCGUUAGAAUCUGUGUUGGAUGCCAAAAGUGGGGAUGUCAUGAAAAAAGAAAGGAGAGGUGACAGUUUGAUGGGAGAUGACAGUUUGAUACUGCAGUCUAAAUGCAAAAGAAAAGAGGUUCCCUUGGAGCAGGUGAGCAAGACGAAGGUGGGGGAAUCCAUCACAGCAAAGGGGCCAACCAAGCCUAUGGAAAGAGAUUUUCUGGAUAAAAAUGAGAAGAGGGAAUAUAAGGAGUCAAAACGUGCUGACCUGACAGCAUCUCUUUCAGAAGUGAUCAAAAUAGAAACUCCUUUACAGACCAAACCUUCAGAACUGCUCCUUUCCAAUAAAGAGAAGGAGGCUGAGAGCCCAUCUCCCAGGCGUGAUGCAUUCGAGGACGCUGUCUGUCAUGAGCUUCUGCCUUCCAGUGGAUCACCAGAAGCAGCUGCAAAGAAAAGAGGCAGUUGUGAAAAAAGCAAAGGGGUUGAAAAAGAAUCCUUUGCCCAACCUGCUCUUCUAGAGGCUGCGGCCCUGUCAGACAAGCCUCUGAACGAGCCAAAGGCAGCUGGUGAAACUAAACCAGUAUUCUCCAAUAAGUGCAUGGCCGUUGACUUUAGUACUUCAGAGGAAGUAUUGAAGACCCCAACAGAUACUACUAAAAUGCCUGUUACACCAUUAGUUUUACCAAAAGAUAAGGAAGCUGCUGCUUCACAAAAUAGGAAGGCUGAUGGUUUUUCAGAGCAGCCAUUUCUUCUGUUGGCUGAGUCUGAUGCAACCAAACAUCCCACCUCUCCUGAAGCAGCAGACAGAAUGGUGGUAGCAGAUUCCCCUGAUAAAAACAAAGGAAAAGGAUUUGCUGAGUUAGAGCAGCAGACUGGAAAAGAUCCCAAUAUUGUGCAUGGGAUGGACAGACCUAAAAAAAAGCGUGGUGAAGGGAAAGUGAAAAAAAUCAAAAGCUUCUCUGAGCAGGUGAUGCUUUCCGAGGAUUUAAGCAGAGUUACUGAUGGAGUCAGGACAGAUGAGACUAUAAAAGAAACAACUUCCCCUGAUAAAAGCAGAGGUUUUACUGCUAGGGGACAUCCGUCAGGAAGCAUUACACAUGCUUAUCCUCCUGACAAGACAAAAAAAAGAGGUAGUGAGGGAAGAAGUAAAAAAGGUGAAAGAAGUUUCUUCCAGCAGCCCUUUCUUGAGAAUAACCCAAGUAAUUUUCCUGACAUAAUUCCUAAAACUAAGGAAGUUAGUUCAAGUGAUAAAGGCAGAGAGAGGGGCUGUGUUACUGCUGAGUGUUUUCAGGAGAAUACAUCAGAUACAACUAAAAUGCAAAGGCCAAUUGAACUGGUAAAAGAGGAGCCUAAAGGAUCUGUUGGAAAAAAUGAAAUAGCUGAUCUAGGGGCUUUAGACCAACCAUUCCUGCUGGAGAGUAGGAAAGAGGAAGCAAAGCUUCUUGCUGUGGCUGACACAAUCAGCAAACCAAAAGAGGUAAAUUUGAUUAAUAAAGGCAAAGAGGCUGGAACUACUUUUGCGGGUGAAUCAGUUGUGAUGAAUUCUGAUGCAACACUGGUGGCGGACAAACUUAGAAAGAGGUGUAGUGAUGGGAAAAGAAAAAAAAAUGAAAAAAGUCCUUUGGGGCAGACAGCUGUCCAGGAUGCUGGGGUGGAAACAAGCAAUCAUCCAUGCAGAGAGAAGGUGGCUGAAUGCACAAAAGAAAGGACCUUUGGUAAAAAUAAAGUGUCUGGUUUUGAAAGAGAGCUUUUGCUGGAGAAUCUGACAGGUAUAACCAAAGAGGUGCUGGAAAAACCUGAAGUCCAGGGUGGCACUAGAAAUUUCACUAAUCAGCCAAUUCUUUCAGGUCGUAAAAUAGAGACAUCAGAGCCAGAAAUAGUCAACGCUAAAGAAACUUGGCCCAGGAGUAAAGGUAAGGAACUAGAUACAACUGAGCCUCUCCCAGAGCACGAGACGGACCUAGCUGUGGCACACAGUCCAACCAGGGAACUGGUGGUGGACAAGCCUAAGAAAAAAGGUAGAGAUGUGAAAGGCAAAAAGGCUGAAAACAGUCUUGAGCACUCUGUUGUACUGGGUCCAGGUAACACCCCUGCGGUAGGUGACAAGGUGGGAAAUAUUAAACCAACUCAAUCUUUUGAUAAAGGCAAAGAGGCCGAUUCUAGUACUUCAGUGAGUGUGCUAGGUGACCUAACUGAUACUACUAAAGUACAAGCUCCUGCUAUGCCUCUGGAGCCAGAAAAAUCACACAAAACUAGUAAAGAGAAAUGCAAAAAGAUGGAGGCUAACUUGCAGCAGAUAUUUCUUCUGGAGCAUAAAGCAGGUGCAGAGAUGUUUCCUCCUCAUAACGUGGAGAUAACUGACAAAUCUGAAGCAGAAGGUCCCACUCCUUGCAGUAGCAGGGGGGGACUUCCUAUCCUAGAGCAUCCAGCAGUGGCAGAUCACACUCUGGCCACAGCUACUGAUAAAUCUAAAAAGAGAGGUUAUGAUGGAAGUAGUAAAAAAGCUAAAAAUGCCUCUGAGCGGCCUGUUUUUCUAGAGACAAAACCAAACAGGAGUGAAGGGCAGCCUCCCAUGGGAUCUGAGAUGGAGUAUGGAAUGGAAGACAUGGAUUUUGUAGAUGAAAACAGAAAUAUUAAAAACUUCCCUAUUGGCCCUCGAAUGCCUUGGAAUAAUAAAGGAAAUGACUUCGAAUCCCUUGCUCAGACUGCAGUAACUGGCCCUGAUAACACUGGCAAUGUUUCUUCUGGCUUCCCAAAGCAGACAGAGGAGGGUGUAAGAAGUAAGGGGCUUCCUCCUGAAGCAGUAGCAGAGAAAAGCAGCAAAGAGCCUGCAUCUGAUGCUGAGAAGGAAACACAGAUGCAGAAAUCCUGCGAGCAGCCAAUCGAUCUGGGGGACAAAGAGCCUGCAAAAGAGGUUGCAAAGAAAGAUGGUAAAACCAAAGAGGCUGGUUCCUGGGAUGGUGGUGAGGUAGGUAAACCGCUUCCUUUGGAUCAUUCCAUUAAACAGGACAUUAAGGAAAAAGUUCACCCUUCUUCCGUGACAGAAGUGGAUGAUAAAGAAAUAAGAACCACUGACAAAAAGCAUAGCACCGACAACACUUCCUCAGACCUUCCUCAGAAGGUGUCAGAUGCAAAAGAUAGACCAGCCUCUGGAGGUGCCAAAGGGGUAGAGAAACUAGAAGAAACUGUCUCGUCUGGAGAGAAGGACACUGUGUGCAUUUCCCCAGAACCUGGGGUGAUACGGGAGAGCAGAGCAGAAGCAGCUGCUUCACCCGCUGUGGCAGAAACAUUGGUGGAGAAGAGAGCUGAGGAGGGUGAGCAGAGCUCACUGAAGCACCCAGGCAGUCUGGACAAUAAAGCACCUGAGGAGGCUGCUGGUUUAAAUCUGACAGCUGCCCAAACAACCAAAAUAAGUCCUAAAGAUAAGAAUAAAGGUCAUUCUCAGCCUGCAGAAGAGGAUGCUGCUCAUGGUGGGGAUGCUCACCUGAAGGAUGCCCCUGCCUUGAAGUCUGAAGUAGAUAAACCCAAAGACACAACUAAAGAAAAAGGAGAAGAAUGUGAACAAAAAGCUGCGAAGGAGGCAAAGAAAGAGCGAGUUAAAGCAGCAGAACAGAUAAAAGGCUACAUGAGGCCCACGAAGUCAAGAGGGGUGUCAACUCUGCCAGCCAGGUCUGCUGCUCCAGACAGAGAGAAACAAAGGCAGCUGAAACCCACUGGUAUGAGCCGGCAGAGGCAAGAAAAAGCAAAACCAGAAGAGACCAAACCAGCUGAAGCUGUGACAGGGAACGACAUCACAACACCUCCCAGCAAAGAGCUUCCUCCCAGCCCUGAGAAGAAGACAAAGCCUGCCGCAUCCACAUCAUCUACAAAGCCUGCAGCAACGAAAGCCAGGCCCCUGUCCGCUACCAGUCCCAAGCGGCCAGCCUCUGCCACUCCUGGCCCAAACAAAAAACCCACCAGCCCUACUGCAGGUCCUACUUCAGCCACUACUGCUAAACGCCCAGCCACCAGUACUAUACGUCCCUCCACCUUAACUUCAAAAGAGACUAAACCAAAGGUUGCAGAUGCGAAGACCACAGAGAAGCGGACCUCACUUUCAAAGCCUCCAUCAUCUGCCACUCCUAGAACUACUCCCAGGAGCACCCCCACUACUCCAAGGACAACGGCGGCGGCGCCAGUCACGGCAGCUGCUGGUGCAAAAAAUACUGCUACUUCUCCACCCAAGAGGCCAACAUCUAUCAAGACUGAUGCAAAGCCUGCAGAUGCCAAGAAGACCUCUGCGAAGUCACCAUCAGCAGACUUGAGCCGCCCUAAGAGUGCUACUGGAAACGCAGUAAAAAGCAGUGCCACCACUCCUUCUACCACCGCCUCCAGUGCACCUACUUUACCUGGAGUAACCACCAGUCGUCCCAAACCCAAGCCUGCUGCAACCAAACCCACCACAACCCCAACCGCAACGGCAGACGCUAAAAAAACAACUGCUAAGGCUCCGACUAAACCCAGCACCGUUUCCAAGCCGCCUCGUCCCACCAGCAGCGUUUCUGCUCCAGAUCUGAAAAAUGUACGUUCUAAAAUUGGAUCAACAGAUAAUAUUAAACAUCAGCCUGGUGGAGGAAAGGGGAAAAUAGAGAAAAAGCCAGAAUCAGCCGCUGCUGCACGAAAGUCUGAACCCAAUGCAGUCUCUAAAAUGGCUCCUACUAAAACAACCGUAUCAAAAGAGGGUGCCCCCAAACAGCUCAAUGGGAAAGUCCAGAUAGUCUCCAAAAAAGCGAACUACAGCCAUGUUCAGUCCAAGUGUGGUUCCAAGGACAAUAUUAAGCAUGUCCCUGGAGGUGGGAAUGUGCAGAUCCAGAACAAGAAAGUUGACCUCUCCAAAGUGUCCUCGAAGUGUGGCUCUAAAGCAAAUAUCAAGCAUAAGCCAGGGGGAGGAGAUGUCAAAAUCGAGAACCAGAAGCUGAACUUCAAGGAGAAGGCCCAAGCCAAAGUGGGUUCUCUGGACAACGUGGGACACUUGCCAGCAGGAGGCACCGUGAAGGCUGAGGGCAGCGCGGAGCCAGGGCAGCUCCCGCCAGCCCCUCAGAACGGAGAGGUGACAGCGGCCCAGGCAGGCAGUGAGAUGCGGGAGAAUGGCGUAGGGCCAGCAGUGCCCACUGCCCUGAGCGGUGGUGACCAAAGGGAAAUUCAGAGCUUCGAGACUCAGAUACAAGAAACAAAUUGAAUCUCACAAGCUGACGUUCCGUGAGAAGGCCAAGGCUCGGACAGACCACGGAGCGGAAAUCGUCGUCUCCAAACCCCCCAACCUCCCCAGCAGCACUUCCCCCUGGCGUAG